CUCCCAUCACACUGCGUUUGGUAAGAGGAGGGGAUUUUCUUUUCGUUUGAGCAUAGGUUAAGAGAUUUUAAACAUGCUGUGGAUAUUUACCGCAUUUUUAACUGAUCUGACUGGCAUGUAUUUUAAUUGCUGAGUUGAAAUCUGUCGUUGUUUAGUGAGUUUGACGUUCACAUUUUUUCAUGGAAUACAAAGGAUAUCACGGAGACAGAGGAGCAAAAUGGCGAGUGUAUGGGCGAUUGCCACGAACUGUAUCUGUGAUUAUUUUUCUGAUCUUUCUCGUCAUGCAAGCUGAGGCACAGAUCCGGUAUUCAGUUCCAGAGGAGAUGAAGAAAGGAUCUCUUAUUGGUAACGUUGCGCAGGAUCUUGGUUUGGAUCUGAAAAGGCUUCGUUCUGGACGCGCACGUAUCGUAACCGGAGAAAACAUCCAGUACGCCGAGCUGAAGACAGACAAAGGGAUUCUGGUUGUGAACGAGAGAAUAGACCGAGAGCAGCUUUGCGGAGAUGUAACACCGUGUAGCUUUACCUUUGAGAUCCUGUUGGAAAAACCGAUGGAGUUACACCCUGUGACUAUAGAAGUAUUGGAUGUAAACGACAACGCCCCGACUUUCCAAAAUAGUCAUUUGGAAUUUGAAAUAAGUGAAUUAGCUACACUUGGAUCACGUUUUGUUUUAGAAAGUGCGGAUGAUGCCGAUGUUGGUGAAAACGGUCUUCAGAAUUACAUUUUAACUCCUAAUGAUAACUUUAUAUUGAAACAAAACGCUAAUCCAGACGGUAGUAAACAUACUGAAAUGGUGCUUCAAAAACCUUUAGACAGAGAAAAGCAGCCGCGGCUCUCUCUAAAACUGCUGGCUGUGGAUGGAGGAAAUCCACAGAGGUCUGGUACAGUAAAUAUUAAUAUAAAUAUUUUAGAUGCCAAUGAUAAUGCUCCUGUGUUCAAUCAGACAGUUUAUAAAGCGACGGUGAUCGAAAAUGCGUCGAAAGGCACUCUCAUUAUUACUGUGAACGCUAGUGACAUAGAUAGUGGCACAAACGGCCAAGUAACAUAUUCCUUUUCGAAAUCAAAAGCAGGGAUAUCUGACUUGUUCGACAUAAACGAGAAUACAGGAAGCAUAUAUGUGGCAAAAGAAAUCGAUUUUGAAAAAGAAAAGAAAAUUGAAUUCUGGGUUGAAGCUAAAGAUCAGGGUGGAUUGACAGAUUCCAGCAAGGUUGAGAUAGAGAUUAUUGAUGUCAAUGACAAUGCACCGGUCAUUAAUGUGAUGUCAUUCACUAGUCCUGUGUCUGAAGACUCCCCUGCUGGCACCACCAUCGGUAUCAUUAAUGUGAAAGAUGUGGAUUCUGGUGAAAAUGGACAAGUAAGGUGCACGGUAGAAGGUAGUGUUCCUGUUGAAAUUAAAUCUAAUGUGAGGAAUUAUUACGCACUGAUAACCAAUGCAGCACUGGAUCGUGAAAGUCUGUCUGAAUAUAACAUUACUGUUGUUGUCACUGACUCAGGAAAACCUCCACUUUCAGUUAAAAAAAUCUUUAAUCUGAAAAUCUCUGAUGUCAAUGAUAAUCCUCCAGUGUUUCCACGAGCGUUGUUCAGUGCCUUCAUUACAGAGAAUAACUCUCCAGGCGUUUCUGUACUGAGUGUUAAUGCUAAAGACUCCGAUGAGAACCAGAACGCACGUGUAUCCUAUAUUUUAGAAAACAGUGAUGUCAGUGGAUCUCCAAUCUCUGAAUAUGUUUCAGUUAAUGCAGAAAACGGAGAUAUUCGUGCAGUUCGAUCAUAUGAUUAUGAGCAGAUCAAAGAAUUGACAUUUGUGGUCAAAGCUCAGGAUGGAGGCUCCCCUCCACUCAGUAGUAAUGUGACUGUGAAAAUAAUGAUCCAGGACCAGAACGACAACGCCCCUCAGGUUCUCUACCCAGUCCAGACCGGUGGCUCUCUGGUGGCUGAAAUGGUGCCUCGUUCAGCAGAUGUGGGCUAUCUGGUCACUAAAGUGGUGGCUGUUGAUGUGGACUCUGGACAGAAUGCCUGGCUCUCCUAUAAACUGCAGAAAGCCACAGACAGGGCGCUGUUUGAGGUGGGCUUACAGAAUGGAGAAGUAAGAACUAUCCGCCAAGUCACUGAUAAAGAUGCAGUCAAACAAAGACUGACUGUUAUAGUGGAGGACAACGGACAGCCCUCUCGUUCAGCUACAGUCAUUGUUAACGUGGCGGUGGCGGACAGCUUUCCUGAAGUGCUGUCUGAGUUCACUGACUUUACACACGACAAGGAGUACAAUGAGAACCUGACUUUUUACUUGGUGUUGGCUUUGGCUGUAGUUUCCUUUUUAUUCAUCACGUGUGUGGUGGUCAUUAUAUCAGUGAAAAUCUACAGAUGGAGACAGUCUCGUAUCCUGUAUCACUCCAAUCUGCCAGUGAUUCCAUAUUAUCCACCACGUUACUCAGACACUUUGGGGACAGGGACUCUCCCACACGUGUACAACUACGAGGUGUGCAGGACGACUGACUCCAGAAAGAGUGACUGUAAGUUUGGCAGAGCUGGUAGUCAGAACGUGCUGAUAAUGGACCCCAGUUCAACAGGGACGAUGCAGAGGAUACAGAGUGAAAAGAACAUCCUGGAUGAACCAGACUCUCCUCUAGAGGUGAGUUAUGUUUCUUAGCAUUGUACACGCAUCCUGUCUCAUAUU